AUGUCUGAAAUUCCGAAUUCGAAUUCAGCGAAUUCAGCUUCGUUGAAUUUCGUGAUCAAUUACAAUGAUCCAUAUUUUCUUUCUCAUGGUGAUAGUUCGAAUAGUCAGCUAGGUCACAUUACCUUUAAUGGCGCUAAUUAUGUUAAUUGGAGUCGUAGUGUGAAGCUGGCGCUUGGUGCGAAGAAUAAGACGUGUUUCAUUGAUGGAACUCUUGUGAAACCUUCAUCUGAUUCUCCUGAUCUUCAGAAAUGGAUACGAAAUGACUAUAUGGUAACUGGUUGGAUCUUGUAUUCUAUGGAAAAGUCAAUUGCAGAAACUUUUAUUUUGACUCUUUCUGCUCGUUAUCUUUGGUUAGAACUUCAAGAGAGGUAUGGUCAAUCUAACGCCCCUCUUCUUUAUGAAAUUCUCAUGAAUAUGAUGUCUGUGUCUCAAAAUGAUGAUUCAAUUGCUUAUUAUUAUGGUCGUUUGAAGAAAAUAUGGGAUAAAUUACAAGUUUAUGAGCCUUGUCCAGAUUGUAGUUGUGGUGCUUUGUUGAAAUGUUCUUGCAAUUUAUUAAAGAAGAUUGCUGAAGCUGAUGAACUAAGGAAACUGAUUCAAUUGAUUGCUGGUUUGAACACUGGAUAUAAUACUCAAAUUGAGAAACAAUCAUCAUUGAGUGUUGAAUCUUCUACUUCUGAAAUGAGUGCUUUAUUAUCCAUGAGGAAUUCUUCUUCACAAAUAGAUCUUAUAAGAGAGAUUUUAGGGAGUCUAAAAGGUUUAAGGCUGAAAGAUUCUAUGAUCAUUAAUAAUUCUAAUCAAUCUUCAUAUUCUGGAAGAUUAGUUGCUAAUGUUCAAGAACAUCCCUUGGAUUUUGGCACUACUGGAUCUAGUAACUCUGGAUCAUCUGUUGAUAAUGUUGGUGCUCUGAUACCAUGA